ACCGGCGCGCGCGCUGAUGGGCGGCUGCGGCAGGAGGCGGCUUUUGCACUUGCCACUCGUGCUUGCGCGACCGAGCCGCGAGAGCGGCCGGAGGAGCGAAGGAUGCAGGCGCCCGAGCCUAUGCCGAGCUACGAGCAGUUGGUGCGGCGUAGUUACCGGAGCCUAGUCGGGGCGCUGCGGAGCUGCACAGAUUGCGGCUGGGAACUGUCCCGCCGGACGUGGGCCGAGAAUGCCCGGCUGACUUGGACGGAGGCGCUGCUUUUUCUCCUUUGCGCCGUCGGUUGGACUCUAGCGCGCAGCGCAGCCUCCCGCUACCUCUUUCGGCCCGUCGCUGAUUGGUGUCAGUUACCUCCCAAGGAUGCUGCUAAGGUGCCUGAAAGUGCCUGGAAACUCUCUUUCUACAGCAUCUCCUGGUUGUACAGCGCUUACUUGCUCUUCUUUGCUGGAUACCCCUUUUUCCAUGAUCCACCUUCUGUCUUUUAUGAUUGGGAAAAGGGAAUGCAGGUGCCACUGGAUAUUGCACUCACCUAUCUAAUACAAGGCAGUUUUUAUGCCCAUUCUAUCUAUGCCACCCUUUACAUGGAUGUCUGGCGCAAGGACUCGGUCGUCAUGCUCAUUCACCACGUGGUCACGCUGACUCUCAUCGUCUUCUCCUAUGUUUUCAGAUACCACAACAUAGGGAUUCUUGUGCUCUUCCUUCAUGACUUUAGUGACGUCCAGCUGGAGUUUACCAAACUCAACGUUUACUUCAAGUACCGGGGUGGCAUUUACCACCGUUUAAACGACACCAUUUCUAAUGCCGGCUGCGUCUCCUUCAGUGUUACUUGGUUCUGGUUCCGUUUAUACUGGUUCCCCUUGAAGGUGCUUUAUGCGACCUCCCACACCAGCCUCCAGUCUGUCCCCAAAAUCCCAUUUUAUUUCUUCUUCAACGCGCUGCUGUUUAUCCUCAUGCUGAUGAAUAUCUAUUGGUUCCUGUACAUCGUUGUUUUUGUGGCCAAGGUUUUGCUAGGACAAAUGCAGGAAAUGAAGGAUAUACGGGAAUAUGAUAUUGAUGCUGCUUCUAAGAAGACAGACAAGGAGCUUCAUCUCCACAACUCUUGGAAGGAAGGAAAUCACCUGAAGAACGGCAUCGUGAAAGACAAGCGGUUAUAGAAGCGCUCGCAGGACCACACGUGCACAGAGCCGAAUUCUGGAGAAACCCGCAAGGAACCCUUCAUUCAAACUCCAGCCUGUUCAGGGGUGAACUGAAGAAAAUAAGAACUGCCACUCUAUCCCGCCCAGGGUUGACAACUAAGUUCUAAUUGAGGAGCGAUUUACAAAUUUUCUUUUUUUUAAAAAAGUCCCUGGAGUUGGAUUUCAAGCUGGAUUUCCAUUAGCAAGUGAUGGAAACUAGAAGUAGGAGGAGGCCCAUGACGCGUCAUUUAGCCGGGUCUGGUUGGACAGCAGGGCAUUCACACACAAAUAGCUGCUUCCAACCCCUGGUGUUAUCAGUGGCGCCUAGUAGGAAAAGUUCCCCACCAGGGUGGGAGGGAUGAGGAACUGUGCAGGCAGGGCCUUCUCUAUGAUGGCCCGAAGAAGGCAGAACUGUUUUCCCCUUGGUUCAGGACUCCUGAUUGGUUGAAGAGGAAAUAAGGGCGGAAAUCCCUUCAGGAUCUUCAGCUGGCAAAAGCAAUGGUAGAAGGAAAGCACACGUGCGAAUCGAUGAAUUUUCAGCCUUGCAAGUUGGGGUUGGAAAGGAGUAUCUCACAAAGCCCUGUGGCACUUUUUACCCCUAUUCCCGUUUCUAAACCAUGUUCGUUUCCCCCCCCCCCCCCCCGCCCUUUGUUCUAGUUGGGAGAGGAAAAAGGUGGCGGGAAUGUUUUUGUCUUAACUGCGUGUAUUGGAGAAGUUGUAUAUAAAAUAAGGCUUGGAUUCACAA